UUUACUGCGUCUACAGUAAAUUUGUUUGGAGAGAGAAGAUGGCGUCAGAAUCAGCGGAAACGUUAGCCGAACAGGACACAGAACUGGACGAGUUAUUGGACAGUGCACUCGAUGACUUUGAAAAGACAAACCCAGCCCCUCCAGCCCCAGUUCCUGCUGCUGCCGCGGCUCCCCCAUCAGCCAAGGGCAGUGAGGAGAAACCCCCUCUACUGGAAGACAGUCAGUUCUUUGAGGCUCUGUUUGAAGGGGAGAUGGCCUCUCAGGCGAAGGAGGAGUGGGAGAAAGCCAUGACUGAACUCGCACAGGAAGAACCUGAGCUGCUGCAACACUUUCACAAAUUGUCAGAGGCAGCAGGGAAAGUUGGUACUGAUGUAGCCUCCCAACAAGAAUUCACUUCCUGUCUCAAAGACACCCUCAGUGGGUUGGCGAAAAAUGCAGACAACUUACAGAGUGCAGGUUUGGCUGGAGAGGAUCUAGCAAAGACUCUGGAAGGGCUGGGAUUGGAUGAGGGUGGACAGGGGAGCGGGGAAGAUGGAAACAUCUUGCCGAUUAUGCAGUCCAUCAUGCAGAAUCUACUUUCCAAGGAAGUGCUCUACCCAUCUCUCAAAGAGAUCACUGAGAAGUAUCCUGAGUGGUUGAACAGCAAUCGCCAGUCCCUCCCGGCAGAUCAGUUCCAGCGCUACGAACAGCAGCACAAGGUCAUGGGAGAGAUCUGCAGCCAGUUUGAGAAGGAGGGAGAGCGAAGUGGAAGGGAUGGGGAGAAUCGCUUUGAGAGCAUUCUGGAACUCAUGCAGCAGCUACAAGACCUGGGCCAACCACCCAAAGAGCUGGCUGGUGAAUCGGAUGACCUGGCCUGAUGACUCCUUGCUGUCCCCAGUCCACCUGGUAGUGCUGCUGCUCCAGUUUCAACCAUUCUGCCUGCGGCUAUGGAACCCUGACCUGUUCACCGGACGUGUUACCUUGUCCCGGACCGGCUGUUUUCGACUUUCUCUCUCGACCGCACCUGCUGUUUCUAACUCUGAAUGAUCGGCUAUGAAAAGCCAACUGAGAUUUAUUCCUGAGGUGCUGACCUGUUGCACCCUCUACAACCACUGUAAUUAUUAUUUUUUUGACCCUGCUGGUCAUCUAUGAACGUUUGAACAUCUUGGCCAUGUACUGUUAUAAUCUCCACCUGGCCCAGCCAGAAGAGGACUGGCCACCCCUCAGAGCCUGUUUCCUCUCAAGGUUUCUUCCUAGGUUCCUGCCUUUAUAUGGAGUUUUUCCUAGCCACUGUGGUUCUACAUCUGCAUUGCUUGCUGUUUGGGGUUUUAGGCUGGGUUUCUGUAUAGAAACUUUGUGACACCGGCUAAUGUAAAAAGGGCUUUACAAAUAGAUUUGAUUUGAAUAAGACAACAACAUAGCAUGGCAUCAACACAUGAAAACACAGCACAGUAGCAACACAACAUGGCAGCACCACAACAUUGUAGCAGUGCAAAACAUGGUACAAACAUUAUUGGGCACAGACAACAGCAUGAAGGGCAGGAAUACAGCAUGCAAAGCAGCCACAACUGUCAGUUAAAUGUAAUGUAAAUGUCAGUAAGAGUGUCCAUGAUUGAGUCUUUGAAUGAUUAUAUAAAGGAGAAUUUGGUAGAAAGCUGGAUUCUACAUAUAAUUCAGUACAACUCAUUAGGAUUCCAGCCAGCCCAAUCCAUAGACUGUAGUCAAAGAUGUUCUAAUCUGUGGCGGUUCCAUUCUAUCAUCACUGUGCGGUGGAGUUUUUUGCGUCAGCUGUAUCUUAAUUGCUGCAUUCAAAACAGCUAGAAAAUGGGCACUCAGAAAACUCUCGACUUUCAAUGUGUUCAUGACAACUGUGAAGUCGAGCUCCGCCUCCGAAUGGGAAAAAAUUGUUUUCAACAGUCAUUCAACUCGGAAUUCCAUGUCAGAAACUCGGGCA